UGGCGGAGAUUGACAUUUCGCCAUGAAUUUCCCGCUGAUUACUUCACGCACCGUAUUCCGGAGUGUUUUAGGGAGAUCCUGUCACUUAAUCAAGCUGCUUUCGCGAAAAAUAGCUACUUCUAUGACGAUGGAAAGUCGAAGACUCGUGUGGGUCGAUCUAGAGAUGACAGGUCUUGACAUUGACAAGUGUCAUAUUAUAGAAAUGGCAUGCUUGAUCACAGAUGAAAACCUCAACAUUGUGGCAGAGGCUCCUGACUUAGUAAUUCAUCAACCAAACUCAGUCUUAGAGGCCAUGGAUAAGUGGUGUGUCAAACAUCAUGGAGAGUCAGGUUUAACAGCUGCCGUUAAAGCAUCCAAAAUCAGCCUUUCAGAGGCAGAAAAAACUUUUCUGGAGUUUGUAAAACAGUACACUCAACCUAAGCAGUGUCAACUUGCCGGAAACAGUGUGCAUGCAGAUAAAAAGUUCUUGGACAAGUACAUGCCUCAGUUUAUGGAUCACCUACAUUACAGAAUUGUAGAUGUCAGCACGGUGAAAGAACUCUGCAGGAGAUGGUAUCCUGAAGUCUAUAAACAAGUUCCCCAGAAAAAGGAAAACCACAGAGCCCUAGAUGACAUUAAAGAGAGCAUCGUUGAACUUCAGUUUUACAAGAAAAUGAUAUUCAAGUAGUAUGAUGCAAAGCAAAGCAGUUUCUUUUAUUCUUUUGGAACAUUUCAGCAGCAGUGGAGGAUGACAAUGAUGUGUGAUAUAAGCCUUGCAAAAGAAAAGUGCAACUUGUAACUUACAGUUUUUUUCAAUCAUUUAGAAUCUAUUUUUGCUACAUUUUUUUUACUAUUUAAGACCCUUUGUAUGUACCUAUGUACCAAUAUAUUUUGAAUGUAACUUGGUUGAUAACAGUGGCAGAUCUAGGAGAGUGGCCUGGGAUCCAGACUCCCCCACAAUCCCUUAUUUUGGAUAAAAAAAUAAUCACAGAAGGAAGGCAGACAGGUAUACACACACAAAAAAACUGGGCCUUCCUUAGCUCAAAGUCUGGAUUUGCCACUGGAUGAUGUGAAUAGUAGUGUGAAAAGGCACAAGAAUAAAUUAGUUCAAUGAAAAACAUUUGUGAUAUUGAGAGGAUUAAGGUUACCAAUUUAAAAAAUAAAUUUUUGUUCUAGUGUUUUGCCGCUUUCCAUGCUGCAUAGAUGUAGAGAAAAGCUACAGACUGCCAAGUAUCUUGCGACUGGUUUGGUUGUGUUUUUGUCUUUUUUCUCUACGCUUUGAAGGUGUUUUUUUGAAUCAGUCACCUAAUCAUCUUCCUGUUUUGUCAAUGUAUAACUUUUUGCAAUAAAUACAAUUCAUGCAAUA